AUGGCAGAUCCUAUACAGCCAACCGAAGCUGCACUCAGGAUGGAACUCCCUACCUACAACAUGAAUGCACAAACAUGGUUCAUACAACUUGACGCGAUUUUCCAAGCCAGGCAUGUGACGUCCCAGCAGUCGAAAUUCGCAUUUGUGGUGGAGAAGCUUCCCGCUGAAAUUGCUGCGGAGGUAGCGGAUGUCCUUAUUAAUCUCCCGCCCGAAAAGCCGUAUGAGGUGCUUCGGCAGGCAAUCUUACAACGAACAGGCUGCUCCGAGGAGCGAAAGAUUAAGGAUCUUCUGACGAAUGUCACACUCGGUGACAGCAAACCCUCCCAACUUCUUCGGAGAAUGAUAACGCUACUCGGUAACAACACUAUAUCCGAAACAGUAUUGAAGCAAAUGUGGCUGGAGAAAUUGCAGCCUGAUAUCGUACAAAUAUUAGCAGUCCUAACUGAGGUCGAUGUUCACAAAUUAGCAUCGAUCGCUGAUAAAAUAGUAGACACGAGACCAAUUCAUAAAUUUCCCCUGUCGUGCCAUCAGAUGACCCGACCCCGGAUGUUAACCAGCAACUUCAUGUUUUGA